GGCCAGCUGUGCUGUUGAGCGUCCACUUUUGGGUGUAUUCUUAUACCUUUAUCUUGUUGGAAUGCCUGAUCCAGCUAAGUCCGCUCCCGCCCCGAAGAAGGGCUCCAAGAAGGCGGUGACCAAGGCGCAGAAGAAGGAUGGCAAGAAGCGUAAACGCAGCCGCAAGGAGAGCUACUCCGUGUACGUUUACAAGGUGCUGAAGCAGGUCCACCCCGACACCGGCAUCUCCUCCAAAGCCAUGGGGAUCAUGAAUUCCUUUGUCAACGAUAUCUUUGAGCGCAUCGCCGGCGAGGCUUCCCGCCUGGCUCAUUACAACAAGCGUUCGACCAUCACCUCCAGGGAGAUCCAGACGGCCGUGCGCCUGCUGCUGCCUGGGGAACUGGCCAAGCACGCCGUGUCCGAGGGCACUAAGGCCGUCACCAAGUACACCAGUUCCAAGUAAAUGGACGCAUGUUCAAACCCAAAGGCUCUUUUCAGAGCCACUUAAUGAUUUCAAUUAAGAGUUCUAAUGCUGGGUGCUGCUGUAUUUUAUGGGAGAAGUGUCGCCAAUACAGGUAAAAUUUUCCUACAUCACCAGUUUAUUCUGUGCUUUUGACAAACACUAAGCUUUUAGAGCUUAUUUGUCUUAAUAAAGGUGGUGUAUAACUACAUUGUCUAG